AUGACGACAGAAAGUUCAUUUGUGCAACCAGCAGUUCCACGUUUUGAUGGACAUUAUGAUCAUUGGGCAAUGCUCAUUGAAAACUUCUUGCGUUCAAAGGAAUAUUGGGGUUUAAUAGAAAAUGGAAUUCCUGCAGCAACAGAAGGUGUUAUUCUCACAGAUGCUCAGAGAAAGCACAUUGAAGAUCAGACGCUAAAAGACUUGAAGGCCAAGAACUAUCUAUUUCAAGCAUUAGAUCGAACGACCAGAGUCAAGCUUGCACUGUUACAAGCACUUCGGAAGGAAUUUGAAAUUCUCCACAUGAAGGCAGGAGAAUCGGUGAAUGAGUACUUUGCUAGGACGCUUACCAUUGCAAAUAAAAUGAAGGCCAACGGUGAAAACAAAGGAGAUAUUGUUGUUGUUGAAAAGAUUUUGCGAUCUCUGACUCAUAAAUUUGAUUAUGUUGUAUGUUCCAUUGAGAAGUCAAGGGAUAUAGACACCUUAACCAUUGAUGAGUUACAAAGCAGCCUGUUUGUCCAUGAACAGCGUAUGAGUACCCAUGUUGAAGAAGAACAUGCCUUGCAGAUCACUCACGGCGAUCAAUCCGGAGGAAGAGGUCGUGGUCGUGGCAGUUCUAGAGGCAGGGGAUAG